AUUCGCCUCGAGGAAGUUCCGGCCCAUGUUUGGAGAUGUUUCCUCAGGGGCGCUGUCCGUCACGGAAAGCGCUAGAAGGAGCCGGAGAGGACGGGAGAGCUCUCAGCUGCUCGAUCUGAAGAGUUUCGCCGCUGAACGCAGGAGCCCGCCGCCAUGGCCCAGGCCAAAAUAAGCGCCAAAAUGAGCGACGCCGCCAAGUCUGGCAAAUUCAGCAGGACGAUCUCAAUGGCUGAUCGCUCCAAUCGAUUACUGGAGAGUCUGGAUGAGGUCGAAAUGAGGGUGGAGGCCCUGAGGGAGGCGGCUACAGCCAUGGAGCAGGAGAGGGACAGCUUACUGGAGAUGAUUCAGUCGAUUCAGAACAGCCAGGAAAUGAGAACCAUAUGUGACGGAGAACGAGAGGAGCUCACUUUGACCGCCAACAGGCUCAUGAACAGGACACUGACUGUGCAGGUCACUGUGGAUACCAUCCGAAACGCGCAGCAGGAAGACGCCCUGAGGAGAGCCAUGGCCGUCAUCGAUGAGAUCGCCGCUAAAGUGCUGGACGACAUGGAGAGCGCGAGGAAGAGGCUGCAGGCUCUUCACGCCGCUUGCGUCACCGAGGCUCCACCCGUCCCCAUAGACCAGAAGUUCCAGACCAUCGUGAUCAGCUGUGCGCUGGAAGACCAGAAGAAGAUCAAGCGACGACUCGAGACUCUGAUAAGGAACAUGGACAAUGCGGAGAGAACCAUCAAAAUCAUGGAUCACCAGAAGGUGGACGAAUCCAAGAGUGUCAACGGAAAAUAACGAUGCUGAGUUUGAAGACCGGUCUGCUCUAACAAGUGCCUUCGCUAAUCGCUGGGAAGACCACGGGCUUCCACGUCUGACCAUGUUUGUACACAAUGUGCUGCACAUAAAGGUCCUGCACAUUCAGUCA